GAGAGAUGUAGCUGCCCACACCAAUGCACCAGCAGCUGGCAGGAUACUUACUAGCGACCAAGCUAGAUUAGAGCAAUAUUUGACAAUGCAAUGGGUAACUGCUGUGCAUACUGUGUCGGGCUCUUCAGGAGGGAAGCCAACAGGAUCCAGAGAGGAGGCGGGUCAAAAUACUUCCGCAGCAGCACCACAGGGGAGCAUUAUACAAUAGAGUUUGAAAACUUGGUAGAAAGUGAUGAGGCUGAGAGUCCGCAGUCCUGCCUGAGGCCCAUCAGUGAAGAUGAGCUCAAGAACCUCCGAGAGCACCGCUACGCUGCUAUCUCCGACACGCAGAUCCUAAUAGACCAGAAGAUCCAGGCGGAGUUAGAGGCACAAGAGGAGAAGUUGAGACUAGAAGAGGAGGCUAGAAAUGCCGCCCAGCGUGAGGCCGCCAGGCUGGCGCGUGAACGAAAAUUGAAGGAGCUGUCUGCCCAGAGGACACGGGGGAAAGCAGAUGGCUCCGGCAGUGAAACCCAACAAAGAAAGCAAACCUCUGGGGAAGGUUUCGACGUCUACCUCCAGAAUGUAAAAGCCCAGUCUGAAGCUUUCAGGAGCAACAGACUUCCCUCUGACACAAACGUGGUGACUCCCAACACGGAAUGCAGCUGGGAUUUCACCACAAAGACCCGCUCCACCAAUGAUGACGGGACCUCGCUGGAUCUAGAGUGGGAAGAUGAGGAAGGAAUCAACCGAGCACUUCCAGCCUGGGAGAGGUCUCGGACAGAGGAGGACAUCCUGCGAGCAGCCCUGAGGCCCGGCAGCAAGCAGAUGACCAGCGGCCCGACCUCGGCCUCCGAGGACUCCAACGCACUGGAGUGGGAGAAUGAUUUUGUGAGUACCCACCCAGAGGACAAUGCAGACACUGAAUUUGAAGGGUUUGUCAAUCCAGUCCUCGACACACCCUCUGAGGACGCCUCGGACUGUGGCCUCAGGUUGGACAACCAGGACAGAUAGUGUCCAGCACCAAAGGAGACGUUUCUUGUGCCCUCUUCAUGUCAAAGCUCACCAGCUUUUUUUUUGUUUGUUUUUGCCUCAUCAAAUGGAAAAUGUACUCACUUGUUGUUCAUAUUGUGUAAUCUGAGACUGAGGGAGUGUGUCGUGGUUCUCUACACUUCAGCACAGUGUAGUGAUGUUUUUAACAAAUACUCAUUUUUUCAGUGCCUUCAUUUGCUGACCAUUUGUAUGCAUCAUAACUGACCAGUUACCAUCCAUUACCAUUCAACACAAUGCUCAGUAAGUGCUUAUUUCCAGUGCAAAGUGUCCAGGUGAUCAGACAGAAACCACUCAGUUGCCAAACUGCUCAAAAGUGAAACUUUACUGCAAAAGUCUGAGGAUGCUUUAGACAAAACUGUGCACUAUAUGAAAUGAUAAACCCUAGAAAGGAGAGUUGUCCUCUACAUUAAAUCCAUUGGAGGCCAGUGCCUUGCUGUGUGGCAAUGGUAGGAUGGUUCCUGCAUCUGUUUGUAGGUCAGAAGAAACAAACAUUUACAAGCCUCGUUUCAAUGUUGUUGCACGAUAGAAGAGAAGGAACCUUAAUUCCAUUGAAAGGUUGCUGAUACAUUAGAGCUGCCUGUUUUGGUGAAUUAGCACAAGUAUAGCAUCACUAUUUUCACAUUUGAGUCAAAAGCUUGUCUGAAUCUUGUACAUCAAAAUAUAAUUUCAGUCAUGUGUAUUUUUGUGAAUGAGCGUUUGACAGUGAUCGAUAUCAUGAAAAACACUGAACUCUGUAAAUGUAAUCUCUGAUAUUAUAUAACAGACUGACACAUUUGAAAUGAAACAGGCUCAAAGUAGCUUUCAUGUUUAAUGAAACACCUUCACUGUCCUCUUUCCUCUGUAAUCUGCUCAAUGGUAUCUUGUUCUUAAAUUUUCACAUUUCCAUCUGGCAACAAGAAACCUUUUACAAAACAAUAUAAUUUGGCACAUACGGUGAAUCAGAUUUCCUUCAUCGUUUACACAUUAUUCUGUCAAAGGUUUUCAACUGACCUUUUUCAUAAUUCCAAUCAGCAUUUAUGUUGAAACAUGAGUCAUUUUCUUCCGCUGAUUCUCUGGUUCACUGUGAUUGUGAGUCAGGGUUUUCACAACAGCCUGGAAAAUUUGGUACUAUAUGGAAAAUCAUGAAAUGAGUCACGUUUGAGAAUCAAUAUUUAGUUUUUUGUCAUUAUCAUCCAUUAUGUUUUAUUAGCAAUUAACUUAAUUACUGCCAAUAUGUGAUUUUUUUUUUUAGCACUAAUUAUUUUACUAUUCUGUUCUGGAUCUAACUUUCUUCUAUGUGACAGCAAAUCAAACAACCAAUGUGAAGAAAAAUGACCAAGCAGUCACAUGAGUGAUCACAUUGCAAACCAGGAAAAUAAUGAUAAAAUAUACAAUAUACAACAAACAGGAGACAAUCUUCACCUAACUAAAAUAUCUUUUUACCAGUUUUAAAUGGUGUGUGUGUGUGUGUUUGGCAUGUUUUUGCCUUCAUUGCAUAGUAGGGAUAAAAAGGAAAUUAACCAUACAUUAUUAUAGGGCAUGGAUGUGUUAUAAGAGCUGGACCAAAAAUGGCACCCAUCCAGUCCUAUGAGAGUUGCUCAGCUGGUGCAUACACCAACAGUUUCUAUCUUCCAUGUUUACAUCUGUGUUAUGUGGGCUGCUGAAUAUGCUCAGUAGUGUUUCCCCCACUGGCCCGAGAGUUCCCACUUCGGCCCACAGACUUUACAUUGUGAUGACGUCACAUUUUUUAAAAACGCUUUUCCGGGCUCGAGGAAAGUUUUACAAAUAUAAAACCUCCAUGGAUCAAAAAGUCACAAUAGAAAGAGUCAGAAUUGACCUUGUUUGCAGUUCGAGGUAUCCUGUCAACAGUUUUACAGAGAAUGGUGGUCUAUGGUGAAAAGGAUUUUUUGCUGCAAUACCGUGAAUGACCACUUGGGGAAAAUGGGCUGCAAAGCUGAGUGGCAGCAUCCUAUCCAGCUCUUAUAACACAUCCAUGUUAUUAGGUUACCAGGACGCCCUGACGCAGUUCGUUUUGAUUGGUUGCAUUUGGUGGCAAUUAUUCAAGAGACAAAUCUUUUUUUUGUGUGUGUAUGCUUAUGGAAUAUUAUAUGAAAUCCAAACCAAGAUUAUGAACUAAAAACAUAUAUAGACUUUAAAAUCCCUGCUGAUUGCUCUGUACUGCAAAUACUGAAAGCAAUAUUUGUGGAAAUUGUGUUAGAUUGGACUGAAAAAGACCCUGUGGCAUCUACUUCAUCAUGUUCCUACGUUUGAUCAAAUGCUGCCCUUCACACUUUGCUUGUGCAUUGAUUUUUUUAUUUUUAUUUUUCUAUUUUUUUAGAUCCUGAUAUUUGACACAUUACAUAUGGUUGAGAAUGAGUUGUUAUUGAUCUCUAUGAAUCAAAAGUAGCCUACUGCUUGCACUCUAAUUGUGUGGACUUUGAAUCUAGAUGAAUGAAUAGAGUGUUAUCAGCUCCUAGAAGACUUUCACUGAGACGUUUCCUUCAUUACUCGUAAGAAGGAAACAGAUGUGCACUGCUGUUGACGUAUGUAGACGAGACACAGGUUCACUUUCAGAGAUUCCACAUCACUUUUUAAUAGUUUCUUAAUAUGUGAGUGUAAGAGAAUCGUUUGAUCACAUCUCAAUAUUAUGUUUGAUUGAUGACACAAUCUCUGAUUUAAUCACUGGAAUUUUCUGUAAAAAAAAAACAACUGUAACUUAACAUUCCUUGUCCAAUGAGCCGAAGGAAAAAAAUAAUAAAGUACAGAAAUGUCUU